ACGAACGAGCGAAAAGGGUAUGCCACUGACCGACUCGGUAAUUAAUCGUCGCUUAUCGAUAAUAGAUAAGCGAGUGGAAUUAGAAGAGAGACAGGGAAGAAAGGGUGGAAGAGCGUUGGGGCUUCUGCGCGUGGCGGGAAAGGAAAUGUGGUAGGGGGAUGCAAGCCCAGAAGGGAGAGGAGGGGGGAGGGGAAAGAGAAACACGAUGUUGGGGUUGGAAAAGCGCGAUCCCUCAGUCGGGAUGCCGGCCGCGUAUCCUCUCGUCCUCGCUUCGUGCUACCGCGAUGUUCGGUGAACGUGCGAACCGUGUUUUGGGGAGCGUCGGCAACCGUUCGCGGUUCUUCACCGCUGCUACGCUUUUCCUACUUUCCAGUUUUGCGGCCAGUGUUUGGGCCGAUAAUUCGACCGGUUCCAUCGAGGGACCGAGCUUUACCGUGCCAAUAACAAACGUGACGAUCCCGAUGGGCAGGGAAGCCGUGCUCACUUGCGUCGUUGCAAAUCUUUCUAUCUACAAGGUAGCAUGGUUGCGUGUGGAUACACAAACUAUUCUAACGAUAGCGAAUCAUGUGAUAACAAAGAAUCAUAGAAUCGGAGUAACGCAUACCGAACGCAAGACAUGGCAUUUACAUAUACGCGAUGUGACCGAAUCCGAUCGAGGUGCUUAUAUGUGCCAGAUAAAUACCGAUCCGAUGAAGAGUCAAACCGGUUAUUUGGAUGUCGUAGUUCCGCCCGAUAUUUUAGAUUAUAUGACAAGCACGGAUAUAAUAGUCAGAGAAGGUAGCAAUGUGACAUUACGUUGUGCUGCUAAAGGAUCUCCAACACCAAAUAUUACAUGGAGGCGAGAAGAUGGAGAAACUAUAUUUCUCGAGAAUGGAAAAGAAGUGAAAAUUGUCGAGGGUUCGAUCUUCAAUAUCACCAAGAUAAGUCGAUUGCAGAUGGGUGCCUAUUUAUGCAUAGCCUCGAACAGUAUACCACCUACCGUCAGUAAAAGAAUAAUGCUUACGGUACAAUUUAGUCCAAUGAUUUCAAUCCAAAAUCGAUUGAUCGGGGCUCAAGAGGGACAAAGAAUAACCUUGGAAUGUAACUCGGAAGCGUUUCCGCAAUCCAUCAAUUAUUGGACGAAGGAAAACAAUGAAGUUAUAAAAAAUGGAGAUAAAUAUAACCAAUCAUUCACGAAUAACGUGUACAAAGUACACAUGAAACUCACGAUAUUAGCGGUGGAAAUGUCCGAUUAUGAAACAUAUAAAUGCAUAUCAAAAAAUUCUUUGGGGGAAACAAAUGGCAGUAUUAAACUUUAUCAUAUUCCGACACCAACGACACAGCCGAGAACCACGACUACUACUACUACUACUACUACUACUACUCCAGUUCCUACUACUAGCGAAGAAGUUGAAAAUAUUCAAAAUUCACGACAAAGACCAGAACCCAGUGCAGAUCUUAAUGCGUAUCAAAUAACUGAUUCGUCAUUGCCUAACAUCGAACAUAGAACCGAUGAUAUACAUCUUUAUGGAAGGGCGAGCAGCGAUAGUUACAACGAUGCUGAAAAUGUUAUAACAACAAAUGGACGAAAAAGCAUCGACAGCGAAGUACGACCACGAAGAAUCGACAAUACGGCGCAAUCGAUGUCAUCCAGGGAUUCUAAUUCGAAUUUUCAAGUACAAACUACAACGGCCAUUUGCAUAAUCCUAUUGUCCGCCCUGUCGUAGUCACGUUAGUGUUUAUUAGCGAAAAGAACGGUUAUUCGUAAAAAAUCCUUCGGGGAUCAAGAUUCGUCCUGUUCAUCGUCAUUUAUCUCAUCCGCGAAAGGGAUCAAUUAAUGGGUGUACUUCGAUGUUACAAAUUAUCGACAACCAUUGCCUUCGCUGUCGUUGUGACCGAGAUCAACGAAAUAAUUUUUUUUCCUUCUUCAAACUUUGCGAUAAAGUUUGUCAAAUUAUACGAUUAAUUUCUAAUAAUAAAUUCGAAUACUUGGA